AUGUCAUUGUUGUUAACAAGGUUAGCAAAUGCUAGCUUGAAAAGCAAUAGUACUAUAGGUUUAAUCAAAUCUCCGAGACCAGCAGCUUCUUGCUUGAUAAAUUUUUCACUCUUAAGAUACAAAGCCCAUGUGCCAUCGAAAUACAAACCAAAACAAGAAUUACCAUCCGAAGUUGAAUGGAAACAUUUAAAAGAACAUAUUCCGGGUGAAAAGAACCAUACGAAUACAUUACAGGAUAGAAUACCAAAAUUUCCAUUAGGGAAAGAAAAUGUGCCAACUUUAUUACCAAGACCUGGUGUACCUCAAGUAGGUAAACAAUUUACAUUUAGACAAGUUAUUAAUAUUUUAAAGAAUAAAAAACAACCGGAAUUGAUAUAUGAAAGUGAACCACAUCGAUUAUAUUUCUUGAUGUCAGUAUGUUUUGCUCUUGUUUUCACAAUAUAUGGUGGUGUAUUGUUUGAAUGGGCCUUUUGGAUCUCCGGGAAAGAAUAUGAAGAAAAUGAAACUGAGCAAGCUAAUGAAGUUAUACGUAAACGUGAUUGGUUAAUCUCAUUGGGGAAAUAUUUAGUCCCCUCGGCUGUUAUUUUUGGAUUUGCAUAUUUUGCAGCAUUGUUCCCAACUAGAUUAAUUAGAAGGAUUUGGUUUUUACCGGGUCCGGUUGAACAUAUCAAAUUUACUUCAUAUCCUUUAUUCCCAGGUAGACCAACCCCGGUAUAUACUGUUCCAUUGGCAAACUUGUCCCGGAGAAAGACUGCCAGAGUUUGGACCGGAAAAGGGUUUUAUGGUACUUCUGAUAAGGGGAUGUUCUUUUUCAUCUUAAAAGAACACUUAGCAAAUGGAGGAAAUAAGAAUUGGAUUAUUGAUAGAAGAGGAUUUUUUUGGUCUGAUGGUAGAGUUUUUGAUUAUUUAUUUGGAAAAGAAAGUCUUGCGGAAUCUGAAGCUGGUGUACCUUAUGAUGCUCAAUUCGGACUAAUUAAUAGUGAAUUAAAGAAGAAGAAACGUCAAUUGAGACAAGAACAUGGUUGGUUUUGGAGAUUUAAGAUGGCUGGGAAACUUAUGAUGGAAGAUGCGAGAAAAGUUGGAAGUUAUAUUGGUAUAGGAAAGCCAAAAGAAGAAGACAAACUGUUGCCAAAGGGAGACAAGAAGUAA